CAGAGCCUCAAUCGCAUCGUUGCCCCUGUUCUCACUGUCACGUAUGGCCUCAGUGACUCGGCCGGAGCUCUAUCUUCUACUCGGACCCGGUUGUCUACUUUCCUCCUGUGCCUUUGUCCGCCUUCCCAGCUCUCCAUUCACCAUCUGCAGCCAAUGACCUCCAACAACAUCGAGGGCCGUGAUAUCCCCGAACAACGACCCGACAGUAGCAGGACAACGACCUUGCGCCGGUCCCGGGAUUUCUUCACCGUGCCUGCUCCAGUAAAACGGAUCUUCGACUAUUUCCCGCUAGUAACCUAUGCCGCGAAUGAGCUUCCCCACUACUCCUGGUCGACGCGACGUGGAAACAACCGCUUGUUUGUCUUUACCGAUAUUGCGGGUGCCCAGCGGGGGAGCCCUUCGUUCAACCCGCAGUGUCUUAAGUGGCAGGCCUACUUGAAAUUUGUAGGGGUUGACUUUGACCUGGUCCCCUCGAACAACCACGCAUCCCCAACCGGCGCUCUCCCUUUCCUUCUUCCCGCCCUCCCGCCUGGCCCCGAAACUCCGAUUCCGUCCGGCAAACUACAGAAAUGGGCUAUUGAACAGGUCCAUUGCGAAGAAGAGCAGCAAUUGAACCCGCGCUUCAACGUAUAUUCGUCUCUGCUGGAUCACCGGAUCCGAAAUGCCUGGCUUUACCUCCUCUACCUAAACCAUGAGAAUUUCGAAGCUGUCACUCGACGCCUUUACGUGGACUCGACAUCGUCCAACUUCGCCGUACGCGCCGCCCUGUCAAGCCAAUUGCAACAAGCCGCGCGCGACGAGCUCCUGAAGUCGUCGCAAUUCAUCGAUGCGAGUGCUUUGGAGGCCGAAGCGGCGGAAGCAUUUGAGGCGCUUUCUACUCUCCUAGGCGAUCAUGUCCAUUUCUUCAAUAGACCCAAUCCCGGACUAUUCGACGCCAGUGUCUUCGCAUAUACGCAUUUGCUCCUGGAUCAAGGGAUGGGAUGGAAAUACAACAGACUAGGGCAGCUAUUAUCACGGCAUGAUAAUCUAGUCCAGCAUCAGGCAAGACUCCUGAAGUUCUUUUAGCCUUCAGCGCUAGUAAUGCAACAAAGAAAUAUAGAGAGCAAAAGCGCACAUUUCAUAGGCCUGUAUAAUAAUAGCUUCACAUUACUGUUCAAUUAUACUCAACCCUAAAACAC